AUGGUUGUGGACCUGCAUGCAUUUUAUGUUCUGCCACCCUCCUCCAUUGUAGGUCGGACGGAAGCACGGGAUAUUGUUCUUUAUCUGAAGCCACUGCAGAAGAUACUUGAUGAGAUUGAACAGUUGGAGUACUCACAGCUGCCAACCUACGUGGGAGCUGUGAUGCACACAGUGUGUCUAACCUGGGCUAACUCUGAGCACUACAGCCACCCUGCUAGGAUCAUUGUCAUCCUCCAAGAAAUCUGCAACCUCUUCAUUGAUAUGACAAGGAACUUCCUGGGUCCAGAGGAGGUGAUGAAGGGCCUUAUGGGGGAGAUCGACGAGAUUCUGGGAAACAUCAGGAUGAGCAUUGUCACCUUGGUGACCCUCAGAGAGACUUACAAUCAGUGCAAAGUCGACAUGGACAAAUACUUCAAAAAUGGAAACUCAAAGAACUGGGAUUUCCCUUCACACCUGGUGUUUACCAGGCUGGAUGCCUUCCUGCAGCGUCUACAGACCAUAGAGGAGGUGUAUGCGGUGUCAGUGGAGCUGCUAAAGCUGGAGAAGGUGGACAUCCAGGGGGUCCGAGGCAGCGCCCUGGGAAACAUGGUCUUCAGCAUCUACGAGGAGUUCCUUGAUCUCAUCAAAAUAUUUGCAGAGUGCAAAUACGACGCCAUCGACACAGGCAACAAGAGCUUUGAUGAGAACUUCAGGAAGUUCCAGGACCAGAUCUUGGACUUUGAGAGACGGUUAGGCACCAUCCUGUGCCAGGCUUUCGAUGACUGUGCCUCCACAGAGUCUGCUGUCAAGAUGUUGGACAUGUUUGGCUUCAUCCUGGAGCGCCCUCACAUCCAGAACCAGAUCUGUUCUAAGUACAAGGAGCUGGUGGAAAUGUUCAGCUCAGAGCUGGACCACACCAAGCUGGUGUACGACGCCCAGAUGGCAGCCGUGGAGACAUGUAAAGGUGUCCCGCCCAUUGCCAAAAACAUGCCCCACGUUGCCGGGCAACUCAAUUGGGCCAGGGAGGUACAAGACCGCAUCCAGAUCCCCAUGAAGAACUUCAAGGCUAUCCACCACCCGUGUAUGGACACGGAUGAGGCCAGGCUGGUGUUCCAGAAGUAUGAAGAGAUGAUGGGGCUGCUGCACCAGUACUGUGUGAGCGUGUACACAGAGUGGACAUCCCGGGUCGGCACUGACUGCCAGUUCAACCUGGAGCAGCCUCUGCUUCUACGCAACACCAAGAACAACGUCCUCAGUGUCAACUUCAACAAGCAGCUGGUGGCCGUUCUGAGGGAGGUGAAGUAUCUGACCAUCCAGGGCCAGCAGGAUGUGCCUCCCAGCGCUGCUGAAGUCUUUUCCCAGAGUGAGACCUUCAGGAAAUACGUGGGCAACCUGGACCUCAUCGUCUCCUGGUACAACCAGGUACAGGACAGGACACUGGAAGGGAGGGCAUAG